AUGGUGGAGGGAAAAAAGGAGCUGAGAAUGGUGCUCUUGGGAAAAACUGGAUGUGGAAAAAGUGCUUCAGGAAACACCAUCCUUAAGGAGGAGCAUUUUAAAUCAGAGCUACGAUCAACGUCUGUGACACAAAGGAGCUCCAAAAAGACAAGACACCUUGAUGGUCAGGAUCUGAUUGUUGUUGAUACUCCUGGCCUGUUCAACACCAAAGAAGACAAGGAGAAGAAUAUCAAGGAGAUCGUUAGGUGCCUCAGUCUGACUAACCCAGGUCCUCAUGUGUUUCUGUGGGUGAUGAAGGCAGACAGCUUUACAGGUGAAGAUAAAAAGUCCAUAGAAAUCUUCCAGAAAGUCUUUGAAUCAGCUGAAAAGUACACCAUCGUCCUGUUUACUGGUAAGGAAGAAGAAGAUGUGAAGGCGUUUAUUGAAAAGAACAAAGAUGUGAAGAAGUUCAUCAGUGAGUGCAGAGGUUACCAUGUUUUUGACAAGAUCAACCCUGAUGGUGAUGAAGAUCUGAAGCUUGUGGAGAAGAUGAACAACAUGGUCAAGGAAAAUGGAAAACCCUACAGCAGCAGUCACAUCGAAAAAGUCAACGCCGCCAUACAAGAGCUGAUGAAUCAGCCUGAGGCACAAUCAGCAGAGGAUUGUGAAGAAUGGGCCCUGGAGCUUUUGGAGGAACUCAUCGAUAAAGGUACAAAAUUACUUGUACAAAAGGUUCCAAUCCUCGGAGAUGUCCUUGAUUUCCUGAUCAAGGUGGCGGACGAAUGCACCAAAGAUUCACAAUAA